AUGGCGAGCGACAGGUCCCGGACCAAGGCCAUGGUGCUGGUGGCCGCCGCGGGGGGGGGGGUCGACUCCGUGGCCAUCGCCGGCGCCGACAAGGACCAGGUCGUCGUCGGCGGCGAGGGCGUCGACUCCAUCAAGCUCACCAGCGACCUGCGCAAGAAGAUGGGCGACGCGCAGCUUGUCGAGGUCGCCGAGGACAAGAAGAAGGAGGAGAAGAAGCCCGACCCCGUCGCCGACUACAUCCAGUACUACUACCACUACCCGCCGCCGCCGCCGCCGGUUGGCGUCGCCUACGACCCCUACUCGCGGCCGGGCAGCACUUGCUCCAUAAUGUAG